AAUUAAAUAGGGAUUAAUCAAUGAAAAUCCCAAUGAGUCCGCCUUCGUUCUCCUUCGUUCCUCACCGUUGUCGCCGUAGUUCCGACCUUCCCCACCCUCUACCGGUGGAAUUGGUGAACGAGACUAGUUGGUUUUUAUUCUUAGCACCAUCCACAGACAGAGAACAAUAAACUUAAAGAAUUCUUGGGAUUGUCAUAGCUCGGUCGAAACUCCAUCGCACUCACCGCGUUGCUGCUAGUCCUCCCCCAUCCCCACCCUAAUCGCGGAGGCACCUAGUUCACCAAUUUUUGAAUUGUGGCAGCUGCAAAUGGCGUCGAGCUUGCAGAAGAUUGAUGGGGAUGAGACUGUCCUCUUGCGUGUCACUCAUUCAAAUCUCAAAACUUUCAACCCUGACAUCCGCUUCUCGCUUCAGCUGACAGUGGAAGCCGUGAAAGAAAAGCUGUGGAAAAAAUGUGGCACUUCCGUGAACUCGAUGCACCUCGAGCUUUACGACGACACUCACGUCAAAAUCACUGAUCUCACUGAUAACUCCAAACCCCUUGGAUUCUAUUCGCCUCUGGAUGGGUUUCGUUUGCAUGUUGUGGAUCUUGAUCCAUCUUCUGUUACUUCCGGUGGAUGGCUGGAAGAUACUUCAUUGGUGGAAAAAUACCAAAUUUCUGAAGAAGCCUUCAAUAAACGAGAAGGGACUUUCAGAAAAUAUAAGGAGAAAUUGACUUCCCAAAUUCCAUCAAAUGUUGAAGCAAAGAUACCAGACAACUACAUGGAAGACCUCUGUGUUGAUAUCAAGGUAGGAUCCAGAUGUGAAGUUGAACCUGGGGGAAAAAGGGGCGUAGUAACAUUCGUUGGUCGGGCAGAACCACUGGGUCCUGGUUUCUGGGUUGGAGUACAAUAUGAUGAACCCUUGGGCAAACAUGAUGGCAUGGUCAAAGGAGUACGCUACUUCGAAUGCCCUCCAUCUCAUGGUGGAAUAGUCAGGCCGGAGAAAGUGAAGGUUGGUGACUACCCUGAACGAGAUCCCUUUGAAGAGGAUGAAAUAUGAGUCUUAAUGAAGAAGCUACUUUUAAUGUGCAUGGUUUUUUCUCCCUACAGUUUUCCUUUGGUAGAAGUCAAACAUUAAUUUGGGAAACUCGCCUUUGUUGGUAUUUCAAGGUACAAUAUGUCAAGUUGAAAAUGGGCUGCAUUGCGGUUUGCGGAUUUUUUGCAUUUCUCUGUCGAAAGAAUCCAAGUUGCAAUGGGAAAAACAAAAUUUGGAAGUUAAUUUUUUUUUCUUGUUAAGAUACAAGAAUAUACAUUCUUCCCAUACUUGUUUCCGUUAUCUACACAUUAAAUAACUUCAUGGAAAUUUCUUUGCCACCCAAAAUGUUCCAAAAUGUUUGUUAUUUAGAAACUCAAUGCAUUUUUUUGCUAA